AUGGUGCUGAUGAAGUCGUCGGUGCCCUACCGGCGGCGCAACAACCUGUACAACAUCAAGAUCUCGGAUGUCAUGCAGGAGGUGGGCGGCUGCAUGCUCCAGCUGGUCGAGGGCGCCCGCGACAGGGAGGGCCGCGUGGUGCUCCUCGUGCAGCCCCAGAACUACACCCCGGCCGCCUCGCCGCCGCUCAACGUCGUGCGCGCCGUCAUGUACCUCCUCGACAAGGCCCAGGAGGACGUGGAGGUGCAGCGGAAGGGCUUCACGGUGCUGGUCGACGGCACGGGCUCCAAGUACUCCAACUUCGACCCCAAGAUGCCCCGCGUCCUUCUCGACGGCAUUAUCUCGCGCUAUCCCGCGCGCAUCGGUUACACCAUCAUCACCAACAUGCCCUGGUUCUUCCGCUUCGUGUGGGCUGUGAUUCGGCCGCUCCUGUCGGAGAAGCUGGCGCAGCGGUUCCACAUCGUGACAGCCGACAAGCUGGUCGAGUUCAUCCCGCCGGACCGCCUCCUGCCCACCUACGGCGGCAACCUCCACUACGACCACCGCGCCUGGAUCCGAAAGCAGCACGAGAACGAGGGCCUCCCCUACUCUGGCUAG